CCCUUGCUCAUGUCACAUCGAGAGUUGGUCUGUGUCGGUUCACUCUAUCGCCUCACCCUCAAUCGUACGCAACCUGGCCACAGCUCCAGAGGCGACAUGAGACACACAUGGCAGCUUCCACGCAUCGAUGGUCGGUCGGCCCAUCAGCAGUAAGUAGCAUCAGUCGCAUCACAUGUUAUCUCAUCUCGCUCCUGUGUCCCCCCAGACACACACCGCCUGACUGUCUAGCCGUGUGUGUCAUCAUCCAUCCAUCCAGCUCAGCUACGCCAGAAGAGCGACGCAAGAUUGGUCGCCCCGCUGCUAAUCGGCUUGGCACUACUGCUGGGGGGCGGCUCUGAGGGAGGCGACGGCACACCACCACCACCACCAGCCGGCCGCUGAAGAGCCAAUGGCGGCCCACCCUGCUGCCUGUGAUAGUGCUCCAGGACGGGCAUGGCGGCCCGCACCACAUCCAGCAGCUCACUGUACUCGCUCAGCAGCUGGGGAACCUCACCCAACGUCAGGCUCUUGGCCUCACGCGCACGAUCAAAACGCCUCGGUAAUGAAUCCAUCCGGCGCUGGUUGACGCACACACACAUACACACACACAGGGAGAGAGAGAGAGGCGGGCGAGAUGGAUGGAUGGCUGGGCGCAUAUGAGUGGUGUGUGUGGUCUUUUGCUCACGAUGAUGUCAGCAACGGCCUCUGGCGAUGGGGGUGCGGGGGGAGGGGCCGCCUCGGGUGAGGGCGGGGCCGGCUGUGGCUCGCCAACAGGCUGCUCGGCCGCAGAUGGCUGCUCCUCCUCACUCACAGGAGGAGACUCGAUGGGGGCGUAAUACAACCUGCAGUGGGCGGAAAGACACAUGGAUGGAUGGAGGGAUGGAGGGAUGGGCGACAGGCAGCACACCUGUUGAAGUCAUCAUCGGAGAUGGUGAGCUGCGAGGUGGUCCCGAUGUUCUUGACAAACGACAACUGACACACACACACACACACACACACCCAUGCGUCCCGUCCACCCGUCCUUUCCAUCAAUGCGGCUGGUGUGGUCUGUCUGCCUGAGUGACUGACCGCUGAGGAGAGGUGAGUGAAGAAGUAGAGGUCCUGCGAGGCGAGUCUGGUAGGGUGUCUGAAGGCCCCCACGUACUCGACAUUGGAGUGAAGGUUGGGGGGGUUGGCCUUGACCAACACGUAUAUCAACACCGGCAAAAAGUCGUCGGCACCGGGAGGCGUCGUCCGCCCAGAGCUGCACACAUAUUAUCAAGAAGGGAUCGAUUGAUGCGAUGCGUUGGUGUGCGUGGGUAGAUUGAUCAGGAGAGCAGUACAUACCUGUGUGUGUUGGCGUCUUGGAUGACAUUGGUGAUGACCAUGCAGGUGUUCAGUAUGCACACCAACUUGUCACGGGGCGACUGCACACACACACAGAUGGCUGUGUGUCGAACGAAAGGCAUGUGUGUAUGCGUCUGGGCAUCCACCCACCCACCCCUCCACUCAGCCACCCCACAUUACCUUGUACUGUUCCACUUUCCUGAGCUCGUUGAUGGCGAGCUCGAGGCCCUCCUCGGGCAGCGCGGGCACAUCGAGAUGCUCAAACGACAGCCACUGAAGACGACUGUCACACACGCACGCACACACACACAGAGAGAGAGAGAGAGAGAGUCAGUCGACUUUGUGGUCUGUCUGCGUGCCGCCCUCCAUCCAUCCAUCCAUCCAUCCAUCCAUUCGUUGGUUACCUGAGGUGGUCAUGCAGCCUCUUGUCUUCGGCCUCGUCGCUAGCCUCACAGCGAAACAACCUGCACACACGCACACACACCACACCACACCACACAGAGACCCGUAAGCAAUUUGUCUGUCGAUAUGUGGAUGGGCCCAUUGUGUGGUCACCUGUAUAUGCAAUUAAAUUACCUGUGGUGCAGUUUGAUGAGGACGAACUUCUCGAGCCCCUCUCGCGCGUUCUGCUGCACCUCAGCCGGACUCGACGCAAACACCUCAGUCUGCACACAUGGAUGGACACACAGACAGAGAGACAGUGAUGCCGCUCGCUCCCCCGGUGGUCUCUCAUGUGGCUGGCCGAACCAUGCACUGCACCCAUGUACCUGCAGAAGUUUCUCCUGUGUCUCGGCCAGGAAGUGGUGGAGCAUCUCGGACGCCUGACGACGGCCCAAACGCUCCGGAAAACCACUCACAAACCUGACAGACAAAGGCAACACACACACACACAUAUAUACACACAGCACACACAGGUGACAGGAGUGCAUUAUGGCCUUGCAUCCCUCGUUGGCUCCCUCCCUUACUCUCUGACAGCCGCCACGACGCCCUGCGCCGAUGGGUGCUUGAACAGCUCUAUGAACCCAGAGUAACCCGUCUUGACUCCCACAACACCUCCCGGCCCCUGCUGCUGCUGCUGCUGAGGGCCCCCAGCUCCACCAGAGCUAUCGGGCGCCUUGUCAGCCGCCUGUGGCGCCUCGGACGCCGGCCCAUCAGCAACAACGCCCUUAUCCACAUCCGAUGAGUGGCCUGCCACAGCCGCGCUCUCGCUCUCUCCCUCUCCGUCAGGCUGCUCUUCCUCGUCGUGCGCGCCGGCCGGUGGGGGGAAAGGAAGGGGCGGUCCCCGACGCGGCACCUGCGAUGCCGCGGCAACGGUGAUCUCAGUGUCCGAGUCAUCCUCGGCCUCAUGCCCAUGUGUGUCGCCAUUCACGAGGCCGUUGACGACACCGUCACUCGCCCCAUCCGCUGUGUGUGUGGUGGUGGCCUCACCCACACCACCGCCACCAGCACCAGCACCAGCAAUAGCAGCAGAUGCGGCCCUGAACGCGUCCUGCAGCUCGUUGUUGUAGCCUCUCUUGGGCGGCGAGAGGUGCGUCUGUGUGCUGUCGGCGUAGUCGAUGAGGUCCUUGGAUGGGUACCCAUUGAGGAAGGUGCUGCCGGGUGCGGCUGUGGGUGGAGGGGGAGGGGCCUCCAAGAGAUCCAGACCACUCAGUGGCUGGUGGUCGGACCCGCGGUUGGACGCUGCACAGACGCACAGAGGCACACAGACACACAGGCACACGGACAGACAGCGCACAAGCACACGGAAUGAGUGUUCCAUCUUGUGUGUGCGUCCGGUGCAUGUUAGCAUGGGAUGGCUCACAGGGGGUGGGGAUGUUGUCGGUCAGAGGAGAAGCCAUCAUCUCAUCUCGCCACAACUACCGUCGAUGACGACACCUCAACAAGGAAGGCAUCCAGUGGACUGGACACACCGCACUCUACCUACCACGCACUCUGCAACCAGCUGUCGGUCAUGCAGCCGCCACCAACCGGAGACAAAUGGCAAAACUCGCGACGGAAAUCCGCUGAUCUGCGGAACAAGACGCUGCUCACGUUCCCU